AUGGGCUGCAGUGCUCCGUGGAGAAUUCCCCAUAGUAAUAAUAAUAACCUGUUCCCAUGACCCAGAUGGAAUUUUACCGACCAGCGGAGCAGAUCACGAGAGACGAGAUAAUAAUAAUAAUAAUAAUCCGGGGCACAUAUCUCUUUACCUGUCCUUGUUCUCAUGUAAUACAGAAUUGUAGUUCUGCUACUGUCGCACUGGAAACUUUAUCUAGCUCGCUUGUUCUCCAAAACCCAAGUACAGUAACCCCCAUCGUGUCACCACAAUGGCGUUUCAAGGCCCCUUGUAUAUCGGAUUCGAUCUCUCGACACAGCAGCUCAAGGGCCUAGUUGUGAACUCGGAAUUGAAGGUCGUCAACAUCUCCAAAUUCGAUUUCGAUGCCGAUUCCCACGGAUUCCAGAUCAAGAAAGGCGUGUUGACGAAUGAAGCGGAGCAUGAGGUGUUCGCCCCGGUCGCCCUGUGGCUGCAGGCGCUGGAUGGGGUGUUGAAUGGGCUGCAGAAACAAGGGCUGGAUUUUAGACGUGUCAAGGGCAUCAGCGGCGCUGGACAGCAGCAUGGCAGCGUGUACUGGAGUCAGGAUGCGGAGGGGUUACUGGGGAACUUGGAUGCAGGGAAGACUCUCGAAGAGCAGCUUCGAACAGCUUUCUCUCAUCCCUACAGUCCCAAUUGGCAAGAUGCCAGUACCCAAGAAGAAUGUGAGGAGUUUGAUGCGCAUCUCGGCGGUCAGGAACAGCUGGCGUGGGUCACAGGGAGUAAGGCUCACCAUAGAUUUACCGGCCCCCAGAUUCUCAGGUUUCAGAAGAAAUAUCCCGAGGUGUAUAAGAGGACAUCAAGGAUAUCGUUGGUAUCGUCAUUUCUGGCAUCGAUCCUUCUGGGACGGAUUGCCCCGUUGGACAUUUCAGAUGUGUGCGGUAUGAACCUGUGGAACAUCGAAAAGGGCGCCUAUGAUGAUCGACUGCUUCAACUUUGUGCCGGGACUUUCGGCGUCGAAGACCUGAAACGUAAACUCGGCGAGGUUCCUGAAGAUGGAGGAGCGCACCUGGGUAAGAUCCAUGAGUACUUUGUCAAGCGCUAUGGCUUCAGCCGUGAUUGCACGAUCAUCUCGUCUACCGGAGACAACCCGGCAACGAUCCUCUCACUGCCCUUGAGGCCGUCAGAUGCUAUGGUGUCUCUCGGAACAUCCACUACGUUCCUCAUGUCGACGCCGAGUUAUAAGCCGGACCCUUCCACGCACUUCUUCAACCAUCCCACCACACCAGGACUCUACAUGUUCAUGCUCUGCUAUAAGAACGGAGGCCUGGCUCGCGAACACGUGCGCGAUGCGAUCAAUGAGAAAUUGGGCGUAAACAAACCGGCAAAUCCAUGGGCGGAAUUCGAUCGAGUAAUGCUACAGACCCCUGCAGUUGGACAAAAGAUGGAAUCGGACCUCAUGAAGAUGGGCCUUUUCUUCCCACGACCGGAGAUCGUCCCGAACGUGCGCUCAGGACAGUGGCGGUUCAACUACAACCCCGAGGAUGGAAGCCUAAAGGAGUCAGCGGAAGGCUGGAACGAACCAUUUGACGAGGCCCGCGCGAUUGUUGAAAGCCAGAUGCUCUCUCUCCGGCUCCGGUCACGCGGUCUUACGACCAGCCCGGACGACGGACUCCCCGCUCAGCCUAGGCGUGUCUACCUCGUAGGCGGUGGGUCGAAAAACAAGGCCAUUGCCAAGGUUGCAGGCGAGGUUCUCGGCGGAGUGGAUGGGGUGUACAAGUUGGACGUUGGGGACAAUGCAUGUGCGCUAGGCGCUGCCUACAAUGCAGUAUGGGCGAUCGAAAGAGCGCCCGCUCAGACUUUCGAGGACCUGAUCGGCAAGCGAUGGCAUGAGGAAGACUUCAUUGAGAAGAUAGCAGACGGCUACCAGAAGGAUGCUUUUGAAAAGUACGGAAGGGCGCUGGAAGGAUUCGAGAAGAUGGAGGCGCAAGUUUUGAAGCAAGAAGAAAGCAGACGGCUGGCGAAUAAAUAGAUAUCUGUAUUUCUAUCAGCAAUGAUAAUGAUGAGAUGAUUUUCCG